AUGGAACGCCGAGUCCUUGUGGCGGAGGCUCGGAAUGAGAAGACCGAGUCGACGGAAUGGCUGGAGGACAAAUACAGGGAUAUGGAUAUGAGAGCGUUGGAUGCGGGAAAGAAAACGUUGGAUGCGGAGAGGAAGUUGGCCGUGCUUGAAGAGGCUCGACUGCGGGGGAAGGUUGAAGAGGCGGCUAAAGUGCAGCCAUUAACAGGUAUCAUGAUUCCAGCAGGGUCGGGAUAUGGAGGCUGUGACAAGGGGAAGAUAGAGGGAGUUGAGUCAUUCACAGGUUUGCUUCGUCUUCCUUUUGGAAGGGACAUCAGGGUAGGAGGAGUAAUAAUGACUACCUACAUGCAUGAAUGA